AUGUGGCUCCACGUAGCUGGGCUCUGCUCAGCGGCCACACCCCGGGCAACCGCCUCGACCGGCGGGUUAAACCAGGUGAGGGCGGUUACUCCCUGUGCGCGUUGUGCCGCGUGCACAGGUGACUGCGGACUCCGUGGACGGUUGGUCAGAUAGAACACCGCGUCGGCGCCGUCGUGACGAGGCUCUGUCUGGCACACCGCUGGUCAGCCGGUUGGAGGUGGAACGUCGCAUCGGCAUCGUCGAGACGAGGCUCUGCCUGGUACGCCGUUGAACAGCCGGUGGGAUGGAUCUCCGAAUUGGCACCGUCGACACGCGCCCAUCUGGUGCACCGUAGGAGACCGCAGGCUUGCGGCAAUGCCGUAAGCCAUUGGCAAAUUCGAGUCGUUCUUCCACUGCCAAAAAACUCGUGGCCCACAGUGGAGUUCGGCCGCGCCGGCACAUCAAGCAGCCCUAUUCAGGGGUCAGGGCACUGCUUCCUUCGGGGGGGCCUGGAAAAGCUGGCCUAAAAAUUGCUGGGGAACCACGUCAUCUGCUGGCGCACCGUGGUCGCAGACGCAAAACUCACGGUCGAAACAAUCAAACUCGAAACAACCAUAACAACAACCAUACUCAUUCUCCUUAUCCUACCUCUUCUUACUCUACCUCCAUCUAUUCUUCUGCCUAUUCUUCUCCUUCGUCAUCUUCUCCUCCACCUCCUUCCCGUCGCCCUACUCGUUUUCCCCAGACUGACAGGGUGAGCCCGCUCACUCUGGCAGCCUGGAAUGUUCGUCUCCUUUUAGACAAUUCGAUGAGCAACCGGCCGGAACGGAGGACGGCGUUAGUGGCUCGGGAACUGGCGCGCUACAAGGUGGACAUCGCCGCACUCAGCGAGACCCGAUUCUCCGAACAAGGCUAA